AAUAUAUACUAAAAAAAGUUAAAUUUUCUUUAAAAAUAUACUCUAAGAUAUUGUCAAUGUAUUAUAGUGAAUCUGCUUGUAAUAUUUUAUAGUUGUAGGGUUCGCCUGCGGGGACGCAUUAGCCUCCAUCUACCAAUCACAAGCACCAAGCUGCUGCAACAUAACCAAAAUGGGAGAUAAAAAGGAUUUAGAAAUUGGUGACCCUGGGAUGGUUCGUCGGCAGUCCAUAAAGCUGCCGACGUUGCCGAAGGCUCUUACUCUUGAAGAGAAGAAGUAUCUUCUCGCGGUGGAGAGAGGAGACAUGGCAAACGUUCGAAAGAUACUCCAAAAAGCCAUACGAACGAAAGACAUAGAUGUGAACUGCGUGGAUGCCCUGGGUCGUGGUGCUCUAACCCUAGCCAUCGAUGGAGAAAACAUGGAGAUGGUGGAACUUCUCGUGGUCAUGGGCGUGAAGACGAAGGACGCCCUGCUUCAAGCUAUCAAUGCGGAGUUUGUUGAGGCGGUUGAGCUUCUGCUGGAGCAUGAAGAGCUGAUUCAUAAAGACCCUGGCCUGCAUAGUUGGCAAAAAGUAGACCCAGACACGGCGACCUUCACACCAGAUGUUACUCCCCUGAUGUUGGCAGCGCACAAGAACAACUACGAAAUUAUCAAGAUCCUGCUCGAUCGAGGAGCUACGUUGCCCGAUCCUCAUGACGUUAGGUGUGGAUGCGACACCUGUAUCCGGUUGUCUACUGAAGAUUCGCUACGUCACUCGAUGGCGCGCCUCAACGCAUACCGAGCCUUGUCUUCGCCGUCGUUGAUAGCGCUGUCAGCCACCGACCCCAUACUGACAGCGUUCCAGUUGUCUUGGGAACUUAGAACGCUGGCUUUUGCUGAACAGGAAAGUAAAGCAGAGUACCUCGAACUCAGACGUCGUGCUCAGAAGUUUGCGGUGGACCUUCUAGACCAGUCUAGAAGUUCCCAGGAGCUGGCCAUCAUACUGAACCACGAUCCUGAAGCACCGCCCUUCGAAGACGGGGACCACAUGAAACUGGCACGAUUGGAACUCGCGAUCGACUUCAAACAGAAAAAGUUCGUCGCCCACCCCAACAUUCAGCAACUCUUGGCAGCGAUUUGGUACGAAGGAGUUCCCGGUUUCCGUAGAAAGAGUCCGUUAGAGAAGGUCAUGAUACUGCUUCAAGUCGCCCUGAUGUUCCCGUGGUACUGCAUGAUCUACAUGAUCGCCCCGAACUGUGCUACAGGGAAGUUGAUGAGGAAGCCUUUCAUGAAGUUUUUGAUACACGCCUCGAGUUAUAUGUUCUUUUUGUUUCUUCUUAUAAUGGUGUCACUAAGAGCAGAAGUUGAGAUCGUACAGAUGUUUGGAACUGAAAAUAUGAUAAAGCAAUUACAAAUGGAACUAAAGAAGCAACGAGGCAAUGGUCCCACCUAUUUAGAGAUGAUGGUCAUGGUUUAUGUUCUAGGUUUCAUUUGGCAAGAGACCCAAGAAAUAUACGUAGUAGGCAUGCGUUCCUACCUCCGAAACAUGUGGAACUUCAUUGACUUUACUCGCAACUUUCUCUACGUCCUGGUGGCUCUGCUGAGGUUUGCGGCGUACAUCCAACAGUCAGCGGAGAUAGCAAGGAAUCCACAGACUAGGUUCAUCCCUAGAGAGAAUUGGGAUGCCUUCGAUCCUCAGUUGAUAGCAGAGGGACUGUUUGCAGCGGCUAAUAUAUUUAGUGCCCUGAAAUUGGUGCAUCUGUUCUCAAUCAACCCACACUUGGGUCCGCUGCAGAUCUCUCUUGGGCGGAUGGUUAUUGACAUCGUGAAGUUCUUCUUUAUCUACAGUCUUGUGCUUUUCGCUUUUGCCUGUGGCCUGAACCAAUUGCUUUGGUACUUUGCCGAUUUGGAAAAAAGCAAAUGCUAUGUGUUGCCGGGCGGGCUACCCGACUGGGACAACGCGGGUGACUCUUGUAUGAAGUGGCGUAGCUUUGGGAACGUGUUCGAAGCUUCGCAAUCACUUUUCUGGGCAUCGUUCGGCAUGGUCGGUCUGGAGAACUUUGAGUUGGCCGGCAUAAAGAGCUACACGCGCUUCUGGGGCCUGCUCAUGUUCGGGUCAUACUCUGUGAUCAACGUGAUCGUCCUGCUGAACCUACUCAUCGCUAUGAUGUCCAACUCCUAUGCCAUGAUCGUUGAACAUUCAGAUGUCGAAUGGAAGUUUGCCCGCACCCGUCUCUGGAUGAGCUAUUUCGACGAGACCGCCACCCUGCCACCACCGUUCAACAUAUUCCCCACAUCCAAACUCGUCAUGAAGCUGCUGGGUCUACGGAAGAAGGAGCAGUUGCAAACGUCACAGCAGGAACUAAAGGAGAAGGAUGACGUGCGAUACACAUCUGUCAUGAGGGCGCUGGUCUGGCGCUACGUCUCUGCCAUGCACAGGAAGUUGGAUGACGAUCCAGUCACAGAAGAUGAUAUCAACGAGCUGAAGGGAGAUGUGUCUGCGCUGAGAUACGAGCUGCUUGAAGUCUUCGAGAAGAAUGGGAUGGAUGUGUCAUUCACUGAUCGGAAGGAGAAGACGGUUCUUGCCAAACGCAUGAAGAUUUGGGAGCGUCGUUUAAUGAAAGACUUCCACGUGGCACCAGUGUCCACCCUGGAGGAGGAUGGCAAGCCAGUGCACGAGGAUAGUCUGGCCAGGUUCAGGAGAAUCGCCAAGAUGGCUGCCGCCGCUGCGAAGGGGUCCAAGUGGGACCAGACUUUAGCUGCUACGGGCAUAUCGUCACAAAUUGGACGUUGUCGUACUCGGCAGUCUUUCAAGAAUCAGCGAAACCUCCAGCGAGCUAUUGACGAAGCUAGAAAACUGGUCUUACGAGCGCCUAUACAUGAAUCACGACCAACAACUCCGAUGGACUUGCCAGAGAGUACUGGCCAAUCAAUCCUGGAGUUGAUCAAAGAUAUUUCUUCUGAAAUUAAGGAAAACAACUAUUCGAGUGCCAGUAUGCCGAGGACACCAAUUAAUGUGGGAGCAGGGUCUAGCGGCUUGCCAAUAAUCAAACUGUUACCACCAAGCUCUAAGACGAACUCUUUAUCAUCUACUGUUCGACCUGAAUCUCCGUCACUAUUGAAAGACCUUGCGGUUCCAAGGCCAGUAAGUCCUUCUGGAAGUGAAAAUCUUCAACCAGAGCCCAGUCCUUUGAAGUCUAUUCGUGUCGCGGGAACCUCCCCGCCGAGGGUCAUAAAGAAAAAAGCUCAAGCACCACUUCCAGAAAGCAAUAUGACCGAAACAAAGCCUCAGUCGGAAAAGGCACCAGAAAAGGUGGACACCAUAGCAGUGGCGAGGCCAGUGGCUCCCGAAAUUAAGCCUUCAGAAGACGCCCUACCCCCACCACCACCUUAUUCUAAAAACAGGCCUCUAACGGAUAAAAGUCCGAAGCCGCCUAACAGGACGCCAGCCAAGAUACCCAGGCCCAGGUCACCUUCACCAUCAGUCAACACUGUUCCUGAAUCGACGAAUUCGAAUUCAGUCCCACUUAAAAAUCUUCUAACUUCAUUGAGCACGGAGCAACUGAUACCUCCGCCGUCUACGGAGAAUACAGAUGGACGGAGUAUUCAAGACGUCAGCACAAUCAAACGACAACCCAAAGCUGGCUGGCUUUAACACGACCGCCAAUAUUUCAUUUUAGUUCAGUGCAUAUUUAUAGAAAGAAUACCCAAGCGUUCCACGGUGCUAAAUUAAUUGUAUCUAACCUUCAAGGCUUUUGACCAAUUGGAACGUAAAUGAAACGUAGAAACUCGCCAUUAAAAAUCCAAUGAUAAUUUAUGAAUCUAAUUUUGCUUUCAAACAAAUCCCAAUGCACUUACGUCCCCAUUCGUCAAAAACCUUGAAGGUUGGAUACAACUAAUUUACUGCAGAUAUUUAUAAAUAACUUUCAAGUUUAAUUUGUUAAUCAAACAAGCUUCAUUGUUUUUCGUGCUAUUUUCGAAUUGUUGUGUGUCUGUGUUUUAUAUCAGCUGGUUUUUAAUUUAGUUUGAUAAUGUUUUUAAAUGUCAUCUAAUCUGCAAUGCUCCGAUUACAUUUCAAACCAGCAUGAAAUCCAAAUACGUAAUCUAUUCUAAGAUAUUUUGUGUUUUUUAAAUGUGUAGUUUAUUUCACUCAGAAAUGUGCAACUUUAAGGAAAUAUUUUAUGAUUGUAUUAAUACAUUUGUUAUAGUUCAGUUAGUUGCUUUUAUAAAUAGUUUGUUAAUAUUAUCAUAAGAUUUUUAUAAUUUGUUCACUAAACUCAAGCUAGUAAUUAAUAGGUUUUCUAUUUAUCUCUAAGAUCUUGUCAGUCCGUCCUAAGUUAAGUUGUGUAUAAUUUUAUAACAUUUGGCUACUUCACGUUUUCAUGAUUUGCCUUAUUUAUUAAAGCUGUAUCUUCAUGUUUUUGAUAUAAAACCGCCUGCAUCAAUAUAAAUUUCAAAUUCUCCUAUUUUAUAUAACUCUACAUGAUCUCUAGAUAUCUCUGGCAAAGCUUUGGCUUAGUAGUUGUUGCUAUCAUCCUUCUUUACGUUCAACAGUUGAAUAUGUUGUGGAAAUACACAGGCAUAUUGAACUUCUCCAUGUUCAUUCAUCGAGUAACCACCUCAUGAACCUCCUGAAUCUUUUUGGCUGUGAUGUCACCCGGGUCUCAGCUGAAAAACAGAUUGCAUUGCUUUUUUGCAAUGAACGGCUUAAUGCUGAGCUGUAAACCCUUUCUGUUUGGUGUCACAGAUAGUCAUAUCUAAAAUAGGAUGUACUGUUUGUGGCACGAAUAAUUAAUAAACGUAUUUCCUUUCUUUCUUUUAACUUCCGCCUGACCUUGCAUUAUCAAACGCUCAAUCGAAACCUAAUUUCUGGGGAUUUGGCCAAAGAACUUUCUAACUACAAUCGACUAAAUUCUUUAUUUUAUUUUCAUUUCUUGCAGGAUGUAAUUGAUGGUCCUAAAUUAAAGGUCGUCCAAGGGAUUUAUAUAACCGCCUUUAUUACCAUAUUUCUAAUUGUAUCAUGUAAUUUUCUAGAUUAAUUUUACUACUCUUAGUAGUCAAACUAUUAUCUAAGUAAUUAUAUAAUUAACAUUGGAAUCACAUAGACUAAUGCGACAGAGGUAGUUUCCAAAAGAUAGACCUCUCGGAGUUAUGUUGGAAGAUUCCUUGUUAUUUAUCGGUUCAUCAUCAGCAUUAUAUCUGACAAUGGAAGUCCACUGCUGGACAUAAGUAUCUUAUACAGUACGAUUGUUAAUUCCAUACAGGAAAAUGUCAAGUGCACUUGUCACUGAAAUGUCAUUUUACUGUCUGGAAUUAUUAAUCAUACAUAAGAUUACUUAAGAUUAUUAAUUCCAGUCAGUAAAAGUCAUUUCAGUGAAAGUUGUACUUAUCAUUUUACUCACUAGAAUUAAUAAUUGUACUAUUAAAGGGAAUUUCAAACACCGCGUUCCAGAGCCACCUGGUCAUGCGACAUAUUUAAUGUUACCUGGGCAUAAGUAUUCUCUUUCUACAAACACUAGAGCUUAGAAAAUUAAAACAAAUAUGCGAAUGACAUUCAAUAUCACAGACCAAGUUGUCGAUCGUAUCUGUCAUUCCAAUGCAUUUUGUUAGUUUUCGAAACGUUAGCGUUUGUAGAAAGAGAAUCGACGUCCCACUUGGCUAAAGACCCACUUCACUUAUUAUUUACCUAUUCCAGCACCUUCGGAUUACUUCACCAUUUAUUUGUUAUUUAUGUAAUAGCUUUUAAUGCACGGAUCUUUAUACUAUAUGGAUAUUUGUGGGUAAAAUAAAAAUUGUUACUUAUGCUUCUGCGUAGAAUCUCGAAGGCUUCUCUAUCGCAAUUAAUUCACCUUAUAACCGAGAGGUCCUGGAUUUGAUCCUCCUAUUUUAAUAGCAUUAAAUUGACUUUCAGAAAGUAGCGGACACAUACGAAUACAUAUAGAUCAAAUAGAAAGCUUCUUUCACUGAAAAUUAAAUUUCAAAAAAGUUAUAUAUAAGCGUCUUAAUUUAAUCCAUGUAAACAUAAAGUGUAUUUAUAAUUUUGUCUGAGUAUCAACCGCUUAAUUUUAGCUUGCAGCACUCGGUUUAUGAGUUUGAUUAAUUUAAUAUACCUAUUGUAUUAUUUGAUUUGAAAUAAAUGGAUUGCAAUUGGAAAA